UGAUGAGAAACUGGACAAUAUAUUCACUAUACUGUCAACGAUGAAGGAGGAUAUGUGUCAACAGAUGAUAAGUUUAAGAGAAGAAAUCAGACGAGAAAACAGAGAACUGAUAGAGAGAUUGGAGGGUCGUGUGUUCGACUUAGAGGAGCAAAAUGAGGACUUGAAACAAACAGUUACCAAGCUUGAACAACAUUUAUCAGACUCGGAAGAUAAAAGGAUAGAAUUGGAAAUCAAACAAAAUGAUCUGGAGCAGCACGGGAGAAAAAACUCUAUCAGGAUAGUUGGACUGGAAGAUUCUAAUAGAAAUGAGUCUGUAGAAGAUUGUGUUGGAAAGAUUGUGAGUUUUGUGAAGGACAAGUUGAAAGUUGCGAUCUGCAAAUCUGACAUAGACAUUGCACACAGACUUGGGCCUUUUCAGCGAGGUAAACCACGUAGCAUUAUCUGCAAGUUCACUCACAGAAGGAAGAAGAUAGAGAUUAUCCAGGGAAGGAAAGUGUUGAAGGGAUCUGGGAUAUACAUCACAGAGGACUUGACUCGAAUAAAUCAACAGAGACUAAAGGCUGCUUUCGAACUCCAAUGUGUUGAGCGUUCAUGGAGUAUGGAUGGAAAACUGUUUGUGUUGUUGAAAUCUGGAAAAAAAAGGAGAAUUUAUGCUGAUACAAUUUUGUCGGAGGCCUUUUUGAUGGACGAUAACAAUUUCCGCUAGUACUGCUGACUUCCGGUUUCACUUCUUGCUUUAUUUAUGCGGAGUGGAAUAUUGUGAAAGUAUGCAUGGAUGAAAAGGAAACAAAUGUGCAAGGUGUAAGAGUACAGGUAAAGCAAGUAGUAUAUGAUUUAGGUAUAGUCGAAAGUGUGUCAUUUCUUUCUCUUUUUCUUAUUUUUUGUUUGAUCUCAUCUAUGUUUUUCUGUGUUUUUUCCUUAUGUCUAUCACUGCUUCCUUUCCUUUUCUUCUUGAGUGUCAGAUUUAUUACUAUUCUGCUGCUGGCAAGGGCUCCGCUAGAGCUCCUGCCCUCUCACGUUGACUUCGGCUGUGUCACAUAUAUGGUCAAUGAUUCUAAUAAGAUAAACGGUUUAGAUAUGUAACUUGUUGAGUGUAUAAAGAUAAUAUCAGCAAACUGUCAAGGUCUAGGAGAUAGACAUAAAAGAAAAGAUGUUUUUUCUUACUUGAAAAAUAAGCAUUAUAAUAUUUUCUGUUUACAGGAUACACAUUUCACUCCUGAACUUGAAAAUAUAAUUAGAGCAGAAUGGGGUUAUGACUGCUAUUUUAAUUCAUUCAGAUCAAAUGCACGGGGGGUAGCAAUUUUACUCAAUAACAAUUUUGAAGUAAAAGUAUUGCAGGUAAAAAGGGAGUUGUCUGGUAAUUUUUUGGCACUUGAUAUGAGGAUAGAAGGUAGAAAAGUAACAUUAAUUACACUAUAUGGCCCUAAUUCAGACAAUCCAGAAUUUUAUGAAAACUUAACUGAAACUAUUAAUCUAUUUGGC